AUGGAAAGCACCAAGCACGAAGCCCUUGGCGGCACCUUGCUCGCGCGCAGCUCGCACCCGCUGCCGGGGCGUGUCUUUGUCAACUACCUUCUCGACAACAGAAAGGUCGUUUCAGCCGUUGGUCGGCAUGCUAUUGUCCAAGCCUGGGAGGACGCUUCUUCCUCUCCGAGCCUCGUCGACCAAAUCAUUGCCGAAAUUGACCGCUCUCCCGCGCGAGCCCAGCUGAAACAGGUCGCUGUCGUCCCACUCUGCGUUGGUGCGGCCGGCACCGCGGGAACUAACCCAGUGACGGUGCUUAUCUUGGUCUCUCCCGAUACUAUGACAUCCGAAGACGCGGAGAAAAUCGCGAACACUUGCCAUCAUAUUCUAGUCCAUUUGGACCUGAUGCUGACUCUUGAUGGCUACGUAGGCAUCAUAUUGAAGAUGUCGCGGUUGAGAUUGUCGAGGCCUCUAUGGAGCCGUGCUGGACUGAAAACUACGACCGGUUCGAUCAUGGAAUGCCAGCGUGGGAGAAUGAAUAAUUACGCCAUCAAUCCUCCCGUCGGAGGCAGCCUCGGAGUUGUCAACGGCAAGGGAUCGGGCACUCUUGGCUUCUACAUCCGCGCAAUCGUAGAUGCCAACGCUCCGAGAUAUUUCGCCGUGACAUGCAGCCACGUGCUUGCUCCCGAGGGCCAGCUCGAUUCUCCCUUUCGCCCAAACCAGGUCAAUCAAUGUCUCCAGGUGGAGAGUCCGUCCCCGGCAGACCACGACGCGUGGCAACAGAAGCUUCAGGACACUCUCGCACUCGCCACAAAGAAUUGGGAGAAAGUAUGCGAACGUCGAAAUCUCGCCAGUACCGACCCUUCGGUGCCGUUUACCGAGAGCCAUCUUGAGUGGCUCAAUUCCCUCGAACACGAGAUAGCAGUUCCUUUCUCUGUCCACGAGAUUGGACGCACCACUGGGGCCAAACAAGGCAGGCUCAACGAAUUGGGUGUCCGCAUGGUUAUGUAUCUCAUCGAUACGGACGGCACGGCGGUUGGCUUGCUUAUUGCUUGCGAAAGCACUCUCGGUGUCCCAUAUCAUUUUGCGUUGAUCACGCCGAUCGAAGAGGUCAUCAAGAGCAUCGAGAAGGCGAUCAAAGUCGUGGAACAAGAGGAUAUGAGCAAGGAAUCGGAGACGAAGAACCCGAAGUCGGUCAAAAUUGACAUCCUCUAG